AUGCAUCUACAAAACAUGCAAACUCAAUACAUUUACACCGACGGCUCCAAGACGAACGACGCAGUGGGAUGUGCAGCUGCGGCCGACGCAGCGGCGGUGUCAAGACGACUCCGUUCUAACUCGUCAAUCUACACCGCUGAGCUUGUCGGUAUCAGCUGUGCCCGUAGCCUCAUAGAUGAACUGCCAGAAGAUGACUUUACCAUAUUUACAGAUUCCAAAAGCGUGAUGCAGGCUCUGAGAGUAUAUAAUAGCAGCCACCCCAUCGUCCUGGAGAUCCUGAAGGGGUUGGUGCGCCUGGCGGGGGCAAGGAGAGCGGUGAGCGUCUGCUGGGUGCCCGGACACGUGGGGGUGCGAGGCAACGAGAGGGCGGACGAGGCGACGAUAGAAGCCGCCUCAUCGGACCAGGCGAUCCAUAGUGAGCAGGUCCCUUGCCGGGACCACUACCCUAUCAAGGCAAGCAUCCGCCAUAUCUGGCAGGAACAGUGGCUGAACGUGAGAAGCAAAAACCGGACCACAAUAAAGGACUGUGUACAAGAAUUGAGUUCAUCGUACCAGAAAUCCCGGAAGAUGGAGGUAGCACUGUGCAGACUAAGGAUCGGCCACACGCGCCUCACUCACAGCUACCUGAUCGAACGUCGUCCAAUGCCGUAUUGCAAUGAUUGUUUGGUACCUCUGACGGUCUGGCAUAUUAUGGCGGAAUGCCCGAGCCACAGAGAUAAGCGGCAAAAUUACUACCCCAACAGUACUGCUCUCAGCUCCAAUGAAAUGCUGUCUAGAUGCUGA